AGGCUCCAUCUUGUGGCAGAAGUUGGUCAUGCAGGUAGCGCCUGAAGUCCCAGGAUAGAAGUGCAAACUUGGUGCAGGAACGGGACCAAGGAGAAGAGGAGCAGCUGAAGAAGUCCCUGGUGGUGGCAACAGACACGAGGGACUUUAAAGAUUUCCAGCAUCUGCAGUAUUUUGCUUUUAACCCUGCCUUAGUUUGCAGGCAUAUUGGGAAAUGUAGUUCUGAACAUGAGGAGCAGCAUUCACAACCCGUGCAGGAAGACUACAACUCCCAGGUACAUUUCGGGAAAAAGCCGCAACGAGGCUGACAGAAAGUAUCAAUUUACAGGAAGAGCUUUUGGCAGAGGCUCAAUACUUCGGCGAUGGAAGAAGAACUGGUUUGAUCUGUGGCUGGACGGUAUCCUUGUGUAUUAUGAAGAUGAAAAUCGCCGUCAGUUGGAAGACAGUAUCCAUCUGAAAAUAAACUGCAUAAGUAUAAAGGCAGGGUAUGAAUGCAUAGAGGGCUUGCCACCUGAACAGAGCAGUAGGGAAUGUAUGAUGAUGAUUUACCUAAGAGAUGGGUCAAAACUGGCACUUAGUGCCGACAGCGCUGAUGAUGCAUUCACAGAGGGCUUGCCACCUGAACAGAGCAGUAGGGAAUGUAUGAUGAUGAUUUACCUAAGAGAUGGGUCAAAACUGGCACUUAGUGCCGACAGCGCUGAUGAUGCAUUGGCAUGGAAGCUGGCUUUCCUGGAAACUAAGUACAGCCUGGUAACACAAUAUGAUCCUGCUGAUGAUCAUUAUCAGACUGUUACCCCAAAUGCUUUUAACACCAUCUACAUCAACCCAAGGAACUGCGGCCAUCCAUAUGCAGGGUCGGGGAUGACCCAUCUAUGGGUCCAUCAGAAUCCAUGUUGCAACACAGGAGGACAAGUUGCACUGGGGAUGGUUGCAGGGGCUGUCACAGGCACUGUGCUGAGGUCACUGAUGUGGUCACCAUGUUGGCUCUAAAAUAACAUUGUUGCCAAGGCAAUGAUUUACCCAUUACUAUAUAUACUUAAGGGCCUUUAGUUAUUCAAUGGUAUUGCUGUGCAAGCUUCUACCUUUUAGUUAGGAAAAUGACAUUGACUACAGGCAUGAUUAGACAUGGGGCAGGAUUUUUAGGUCGGCGUGCGGGUGCGAUCGACGGGGCCGGGGAACGGACUGCCGUCCACAAUUGGCCCCCGACCACGAUUUCAUGCAGGCUGGCCAAUUAAUGGGCAUCCUGCAUGAAACAUGCGCUGAAAGACUCAGUGCUGCCGGGGCAGAGGCGGGUGGAGGAUGGAUGCUGAUAUAAGCGCAGGCACGGGGGAGAGCAGAGUGAGAGACAAGAGAGCUGCCUCAGGGAGCUGAAGAUUUUUAAAGCAAUAAAUAAAGAUUUUAAAAUGUGGAAAAAAAUGUCCACACAUCAGAAUCAGUCACCUGAACAUAUACA